CACUACUCAGUCAUGUAGGUUAUGUCGUGGGAAGUAGGUAGUGUUCGUGUGGCGUGUCUCUCAACGAAUAAUAAUAAAUCAAUGCCCGGUGACUAUGUCUGAGGAACUGUUGGUGGUUCUAAAUCGUAGUGAAAACUCCGGUUUCGGUUUUUCCCUGUUGGGAAAACCAGGCCUGCCACCCAUCAUCUACAACAUCUUGGACGAUUCCCCGGCCGCCGAGAGCGGAGAGGUGGAAGUGGGAGAUGUCAUCCUGAAAGUGAAUGAAACUGACGUGAAUCGUUUCAGUACGAAAGAAGUUUUAAAAUGCCUACGAUUAUCGUCAGAUCCUGUAACACUAAAAAUAAAACGUGAUCCGAAAAUCAAAGCGACCGUUCGCAAGCACCUCCUCUCUGUGGGCGGCGACAGCGCCGCCCCCCGUCCCCGCCCCGGCCCCCUGGUCCACCAGAGCCAUGUCCGCAACGGCAGCUGCCCCCCCGAACAGCAAUCCCUCCUCUCCGCCCCCGACGACGACAACGACCGCCUCCAAUGGGAGCCUUUGGCAGCUAGCGACAAAAAGCCCACCAAACCCAAAUUCGAGGCUUACAUGAUGACCGGCGAGCACAUCCUCAACAUCUCGCGCAUGCCUAAACAACAAAAAAAGAUUGAGAGUUUGAGGUACCACAACAGCCACACCCAUCAUCUACGCCACCAGCAACAACACAAUUCGGUGCCAAACAGUCCCAACGAAAUGGAUAUGGGCUCGAAGGGCAACCAUCACCAUUGCAAUUCGGCCAAUACUUCGCCCGUGAGUGCCAACAAAUGGGAUUCUACCCACCCAUCGCCGGGCUCGGGUGAUGGGUCAAAGUACAGCAAUUUCGUACGGACGAGUCGAUCAGAGGAUCAAUUACAACCACAAAAUUGUGGCAUUAGUGCUGGAAAUAUUGAUGCAGACGAUGACGAUAUCACCAGCUCGCUGAACACGCUUUUAGACACACGACCCGAGUCCGUCAGCGCCUCGGGGGACAGUGACCGCAUCGUGUGGACGUACAACGCCCCGCCAACCGGCGACCACCAUAAAUUCUGCCACACCCUCUCCAAUGGUAGCAGUUCGUCCCAUAGUAACACCUCCCCAUCGUCCAGCCCUCUUCAUUCCGGUUCGCCGGCGUCUCCCACAUCGGUGUCUUCCUCGGUGAUGUCUAGCCAAUCAGGUUCGCGUCGACUUCCGUAUACGCCUACUGGAGGCGUGGUUGCACCGCCCACUAACGGCGAUUUUAGCGUAUCGGAAGCCAUUUCGAACAUCUCAAGUCCGGAUUAUCACGAUGAUGAUAGUAUGGGUAUCAGAGAUUGCGUGAUGGAGAUUAGUGAUCAUAGUGAUAGUGAUAGUACGCUUUUGGUUUCUGAACCAAGACAAAGGCAGAAUAGUGAUCAUAGAAUAGUGAUACAAGUUAAAGGACCGGAUAAUCGAGGAAAAACCUGUGAUAGUCAGAACGAAAUGGUCGAACAGGCCGACCUUGACGAGGACGGCGCCCGAAACCCUUCACCACAGUCGUCCGAAGACGAAAGUGACGUCGAAAGUCUCCAUAGUUUUCAUUAUUCACCAAAAGCGGUCGAUUUACCUUCGGCCAUCCGAUUGGCUAAACGACUCUACAGUCUUGACGGUUUCAAAAAAUCGGACGUUUCUCGACAUCUGAGCAAAAAUAACGAUUUUAGUCGCGCUGUUGCCGAAGAAUACCUAAAAUAUUUCAAUUUUGAAAACGACACUCUAGAUAUAGCCCUACGAAAGUUCCUCAAACAAUUUUCUCUCACCGGCGAAACGCAGGAACGCGAGAGAGUUUUGGUUCAUUUUUCUAAGAGAUAUUUAGACUGCAAUCCUGGUUCUUUUAAUUCGCAAGAUGCGGUACAUACGUUGACGUGCGCCAUCAUGUUGCUCAAUACGGAUCUACAUGGACAGAAUAUCAGCAGGAAAAUGACCUGCAAUGAGUUUAUCGAGAAUUUAUCAGGAUUAAAUGAGCAGGAAAACUUCCCGAGGGAUGUUCUUAAGGCGCUGUAUCACGCUAUCAAGAAUUAUCCCCUGGAAUGGGCACUCGACGAGGAUGCUGAAGAUGGCGCCACCCAAAUGCCGAAACCUGGCGAACAAAUCGGCGCGAAUCCCUUUUUGGACGUUCCGAUGUCCUCGAAUGCCAUCGAAUACAAGAAAGGUUACGUCAUGCGUAAAUGCUGUUACGAGGCCAACGCCAAACGAAGCCUUUGCUGCAUUUUUCUAGCACCGUUUCACAAGCGUAGCUGGAAGAUGUUUUAUUGUACAUUGCGGGAUUUGGUGUUGUAUCUUCACAAGGACGAAAACGGCUUCAGGAAGAACCAAAUGGGUGAUAAUUUCCAUAAUGCGAUAAGGAUACAUCAUGCAUUGGCCACCAAAGCCAACGAUUAUACGAAGAAGAUGUUCGUUUUUAGGUUACAAACCGCCGAUCAGGCUGAAUAUUUAUUUCAAACUGGUGACUCGAAGGAAUUGCAAUCGUGGAUUGAUACGAUUAAUUUUGUGGCGGCUAGUUUCUCGGCAGCUCCGCUAGAGGCCGCUGUUGGGUCGCAAAAGAAGUUUCAAAGGCCGCUCUUGCCAUGUAGUCACACCAAAUUAAAUAUGCGUGAGCAACUACGCGACCACGAGGAGAGAGUACUCAGACUGGAAUCCGACUUGGAGGAGCACCGUAAAUCGCCCCCCGACAAAGGCUCCAAGUCUUUAGUCGUCCAAAACUACAAAGAGAAAGAAUCCUAUUUGACAUUCGAGGUGAAACGCUACCGCACCUACUCGUACAUCCUUCGUUCGCGUAUCGCCCAAUUCGUGGAGCCCCACCCAAUAAGCCUCGUCGAGAACAGCAUCGGCGAGGUGGACGAAGCCGCCGCUGGACCAAUGGAAACGGGAGGCGUGGUCGUCCCGCCCCCUAUUCCCGACAGGCCCGCCCCCUCCACCAAUAGGUGUAGUUUUUCUGUGCACAUUAUGUACUUCCCCCGAAUUUGCGACGCAAGGUUGGUGCUCAUUUCUUCUAUUUUCUUCUAAAAACUCACCAAAUGCUUGCCUAAUCGCAUGGCUUGGGUCUAGAAUGCAUGAUAGUUGUUUUGUCUUCUUCUUUUUUUUGUCCAUAACACACUUGAUACUAAUUUUUUUUUAUUGCAUGGUAGGAGAGGCCCCGAAUGAAGAUAGAUGAUUGGAGUUAAAAUUUUGUGCCGAUUUUACCAAAGAAAAUUUCGAACGAAAAAUCACCGCGCUUGCUAUUUUAUGUAUAAAAAUGUAGCUUUUAUGUAAAUUUUUAUUUUAAAUACACUACAUAUUAUUUAUGUAUAUUGUUGAAUCAAUAAAAUGACCAAAUGUUUAUACCCGAAA